AUGCCUCCGUCCAUGGCAUCAAAUGACGGCAAUCAAAUAGGCCUGACGGAGGCGGAAUCCGCGCUGCUGGAUCUGGCAGCUGACGACCGCCGAGAAGUCUUAUCGCUGUCUAGCAAGGAAGAGCUUGUGCUGCGCCUAUACGACCAAAUCCAGGAACUUGAUUUGGAACGCGCAAUUCUCGAACAGGAUCCUGAACAACCCAACACUGAAAAUGCAGAGGAACAGCUUCCUACCGCAGAGCGAGAGCUCUUAGAAGCUCGCGCAACGUAUACAGUACGGAGAAAAGCGAUCGAAUCGACCCUCAUGACUGAUCCGAUUCUGAAAGCGGUACAUUUGAGGGCAGCGUCCCCUGCGGAACGGUAUUUGCCAAGCCAAGGCUUAGACACAUUCACCAGACAGUCGCGCUUAUAUGUUUGUUUUACUGGCAGGGCACUUCUCCCGCUUGUCAAUCGUCGCGACGUGCUUUCCCUGGUUUAUGAGAACUUGGCCAACACACGAUCGGCGGCGCUAGAGACAUUGUCAAACACCGAGGUUGAGAAUCUACGCUUAAUAGACAAAAAUAGAGAGCUGGCAUCUCAGCUGCUGGAGUUGACGGCGCAAGAGACAUCGUGGCGCGACAGAGUGGAUGACGGGGCCCUGCUUGCGCGCAUCGAGGCAACGGAAGAGGAGUAUAAAAAGACUCGGGCUCAGCGGGACACGGUGAAGAGUGUAGUUAGCGCAAUGGUCGUCGGCAGCGGAGUCGACUGGGCUCGUGAUGACCGACUCCGUGGGUUGGUGCUGGAUGAACUUGUGUGA